AUGCGAGCUUGGUAUUCGCCUAACACUCCACGCCCUGUCGCCUGGCUGGCCUUUGUAGAGGUCCUGGUACGCAAUUUCGGCGUCCUUCGCCCUAUGGACAACGUUGUCAUCGUCGACGCUUCCGUGACGCCUGCAGGCGCAUUAUCGUCAUCUAUCCACGUUUUUCGCAGCCAAAACGGCGGCGAUUGGAUUCUAACCAUCACGAUCGACGACGACGACGACAAUCUGGUAUCCCGACGCGGGUUUGGGCACCAGGUAGUGCCGUUCAACCCGCAGGAUUACAUGGAAAUUGAUCCUUUCCAUGUAUUGAUCGCGUACACCAUUUGUCUUUUUUUCUUGUAG